GAGGAAGACAUCAAAAUGGUCCCAAACUACUCUACUGAAGAAACCGUGAAAAGAAUCUACGUCGACUGCCCGGUUUCGGGAAGGCACAGUUACAUCUACAUUAUGGUCCCAACCGUUUACAGCAUCAUCUUCAUCAUAGGCAUAUUUGGGAACAGCCUGGUCGUUAUAGUCAUUUACUGCUACAUGAAGCUAAAAACAGUGGCCAGCAUCUUUCUGCUGAACCUGGCCCUGGCCGACUUGUGCUUCCUCAUCACUCUGCCGCUCUGGGCGGCCUACACGGCCAUGGAGUAUCAGUGGCCCUUCGGCAACUGCCUGUGCAAGCUGGCGUCAGCAGGGAUAAGCUUUAAUUUGUACGCCAGCGUGUUCCUGCUCACGUGCCUCAGCAUCGACCGCUACCUGGCCAUCGUCCACCCCGUGAAGUCCCGAAUCCGGCGCACCAUGUUCGUUGCCCGAAUAACGUGCAUCGCCAUCUGGCUCCUCGCCGGCGUGGCCAGCUUGCCCGUCAUCAUUCACCGCAACAUCUUCUUUGCCGAGAACUUGAACAUGACGGUCUGCGGGUUUCGGUACGACAACAAUAACACGACGCUGCGGGUUGGGUUAGGUUUAUCUAAAAACUUGCUGGGCUUUUUAGUACCCUUUCUGAUCAUUUUAACAAGCUAUACCUUAAUUUGGAAGACCCUGAAGAAAGCCUAUCAAAUUCAAAGAAAUAAGACUAGAAAUGAUGAUAUUUUUAAGAUGAUUGUGGCGAUAGUGUUUUUCUUCUUCUUUUCCUGGAUUCCUCAUCAAGUGUUCACUUUUCUGGAUGUAUUAAUUCAAUUACAUGUAAUAACAGACUGCAAAAUCACUGAUAUUGUGGAUACAGCUAUGCCCUUCACCAUCUGCAUAGCUUAUUUCAACAACUGCUUGAAUCCUUUCUUCUAUGUCUUUUUUGGAAAAAACUUUAAAAAAUACUUCCUUCAGCUAAUAAAAUACAUCCCUCCAAAUGUCAGCGCACAUCCCAGUCUGACAACGAAAAUGAGCUCCCUGUCCUAUCGGCCACCAGAAAACAUACACUGACCUGCAAAAGACCGCUGGGUCUUUUUGACACAGCACGAUGUGUUUUGCAAUAUACUUUUCCAGAACAGCCUUGUGAACGAAGCAGCAAGAGGGACAGAAUUCAUCUGCAGUCCUGAGCACGCAGCUUACUGCUCAUUCCUAAAACAUGAAACCACUUCAGAGAAACCAUACUCUGUAUCUGUAAACUCCUACUGUAAUCUCUAAAGUCAUACUGUAAGGAUUUAUCCGUGGCCUUUGGUUUUAUAUUGGGAAGAGGAUCGCUUGGUUCCCAGCUUGUGCUUCUUUACUGGGAGCAACAUAAAUGGUGAACAGGUACAUGGGGGUCACCCCCAGCAUCCUGCCAUUUACUUCAGAGAGGACAGAUAAAACUGAAAAGAUAUCUGGACUGGAGUUAAAAGAAAAGCCUGUAUGACAUUGUGUGAAUUCAGAAAGACCUGCUUUGCAUA